GGGAAGGGGGUGGGGGCAAUUGGCACGUUGGGUCGUCCUUUCAGCAGCCCGGUACAUCCCCCCACCCCAUCAUCGACAUCUGACAUGAGACAUCUCUCUUCGAUCACGGGCAGGGGAAUCCCUCCGGAAAAGCAGAAAAAAAGCUUCCCCGGAGCGUGUGCGAGGUGAUCCCGGGGGAACUCGCUUUAAAUAGCUUCGACCGUUCGGUAGCCUGGCAUCAGUUCACUCGCAAGCUCGCUAGCAUCCAGAACUCCCACAGGAAAAAUCAAGCACCGCACCGCAAGCAGCCGCAGCAACGAUGAACUUUACGAAGCUGUUCAUUCUGGUGGCGAUCGCUGUGCUGGUGAUCGCCGGCAUCCAGCCGGCCGAUGCUGCACCAAGGUGGAAAUUUGGCAAACGACUUGAAAGGCUGGGUCGGAAUGUGUUCAAGGCGGCCAAGAAAGCACUGCCAGUCAUCGCCGGGUACAAGGCCCUCGGAUAACGCACCCGGAGGGGCACAUCGCCCUUAAUCGCCGACCGAUCUCGCACCUCGCCUCGCCUCGCCUCGCCCCGCCCGCUCUUCUCACUUAUUCCUAAGCGCGAUCGCGAACCACACGCACCAUUGAGGAUGCUGCGCGGUCAUCGCCACUGAUCAUCGCCUGAUCUAUACCAACGCCUUUCUCUCUCUCUCAUUCUCACACACUCUAACACUCUGUGUGUUGUGUGCUCAUCUGCCUUUAUAUGUAUCUGUGUGUGUGUGUGUGUAGUUGUUUAAGCUUACGGUUGAGUCAAUAAACACCAAAUCGCUAUAACC